AUGAAUUACUUUUGUUACUUUACACAUUCAGUUUUUCCUUCAAAGGCAGGAUCUCCUCUUUCUCUCAGUUGUGACUCUCCUUCCUCUGUCAGUCCUACUUAUUUUGGUCCACUCAGAGGUCCACCUACAUCAGGGACAUUAUCCAGUCCAAUAGCUCCUUCCUCGGGUAGUCAGAUAAUUUACAAUCAUUAUGGCCAAGGAGACGCACAGAAUGGGCCUGCUACCACAGCUGGCUACAUGCAGAGACCUCCAGUUUCACAACCAUAUAUGUCAACAACGUCCCAGCCUGUGAAUCAGUUACCUGCCCACCAGCAAUAUGGUCCACCAGCAACAACUAGUUCGCAACAGCUAACUAACCAGAUGUCUGGAUUGCAAAUUACGGGUCCCCCCACAACUACAGGCCCUCUUCCACCAGGACAAGGUUUUGGUCCUCCAGCAUCUCACCCAUCAAGCUCAGGAAAUUUCCAUGCAACAACAAUGGCAUAUGCUCCAUAUUCUACAGCUAAUGUACCUCAGUCACAGUUUUCUACUGCCAAUGCUUCUCAUCCUCCAUAUUCUAAUGCUAAUGCAUCUCAUAUCCCCCACAGUAACUUAUCCCAGGGACCUCCACCUUCAGGCAUGCCACAAACCCCUGCUGCCACUAUGGGUUCCCAGGGAAUUUCCUCAACAAAAACUGCUUUUUCAGGUCCUCCACCCCAGCUUUAUUCUGUUCCUCCAUCUGGUUCACAUUCUACUCCUCCUGCCUCAACAGGGAUACCACCUAGUGCAUUUCCUUCUUCUGUUGGAUCUCAGAGACCCUCUGUGAUGCAGGGUCCACCAUUACCUGGCCAGACUCUUUCUGGGCCUCAAGUUUCUCAGCCUAAUCACGUUCCCCCCAGUUCAUCACAGAUGGGAAUUUCGGGUAUGUCUCCUGGCCCGCCUAUAAGUGGACUUCAGGGACCUCCAGCAGUUGCACCUACUCAACAGGGAUUUCCACCUCAGCAGAACGGAUCUUUUGGACAAGUCAGAGGACCACAGCCAAACUAUAGUGGGCCUUAUCCAGCUACCCCUAACUAUGGAAGUCCCGUUGCUCCUCCUCCUGCACCUCCCCCCCAGAAACGUCUGGACCCCGAUUCUAUUCCUAGUCCACAACUAAAUGAAAUGUCAUCUCAACCGAAAUCAAGACACAGAAUAGACCCAGAUGCAAUUCCUAGCCCAAUCCAGGUGAUUGAAGAUGAUAGAGCAAAUCGAAGUACAGAGCCUUUCAGCACAGGUGUGAGGGGGCAAGUCCCACCCCUUGUCACAACUAACUUUGUUGUCAAAGAUCAAGGUAAUGCAAGUCCUCGGUUUAUGAGGUGUACAGCCUAUAACAUGCCCUGCACAUCAGACAUGGCGAAGCAAUCCCAGGUACCUCUGGCUGCGGUCAUCAAGCCUCUAGCAGUUUUGCCACCAGAAGAGAUGCCACCAUAUAUUCUAGAUCAUGGAGAGUCUGGUCCAGUACGGUGUAACAGAUGUAAAGCUUAUAUGUGUCCAUUUAUGCAGUUCAUUGAGGGAGGCAGAAGAUUUCAGUGCAGCUUCUGCUGUUGUGUCACUGAAGUACCACCUCACUACUUUCAGCAUUUGGAUCACACUGGGAAGCGUGUCGACUACUAUGAAAGACCGGAGCUGUCUAUGGGAUCUUACGAGUUUUUGGCAACAGUAGACUACUGCAAGAAUAACAAGCUUCCUGAACCACCAGCUUUCAUUUUCAUGAUUGACGUAUCAUACAAUGCAGUGAAAAGUGGUUUAGUAAAUCUGCUUUGUGAAGAACUAAAGACACUGUUGGAUUACUUGCCUAGAGAAGGCAGUAUGGAAGAGACUGCUAUCCGAGUGGGGUUUGUUACGUAUAACAAAGUACUACAUUUCUACAAUGUCAAAAGUACACUUGCCCAGCCCCAGAUGAUGGUGGUGUCAGAUGUGGCAGAUAUGUUUGUGCCAUUACUUGAUGGUUUCUUGGUGAAUGUUAAUGAGUCUCGGACAGUCAUUAAUAGUUUACUAGAGCAGAUACCAGAGAUGUUUGCUGAUACCAGAGAAACAGAGACUGUAUUUGGACCAGUUAUUCAAGCAGGCAUGGAAGCUUUAAAGGCUGCCGAAUGCGCAGGAAAAUUGUUCAUAUUUCAUUCUUCUCUACCAAUUGCUGAAGCACCUGGAAAACUGAAAAACCGUGAUGAUAGGAAGCUCAUUAACACAGAUAAGGAAAAGACACUUUUUCAGCCACAGUGUAACUUCUACAGUAAUCUGGCAAAGGAGUGUGUUACGCAAGGCUGCUGCGUAGAUCUGUUCCUGUUCCCUAAUCAGUACAUAGAUGUGGCAACACUUGGGUACAUCCCUUAUCACACAGGUGGCUCUGUUUACAAAUAUACCUAUUUUCAGGUGCCAGCAGAUGGAGAACGCUUCUUGAAUGACUUGCGUAGAGAUGUACAAAAAAUAGUGGGAUUUGAUUCUGUAAUGAGAGUUCGAACAAGCACAGGCUUCAGAGCAACAGACUUCUUUGGCACUUUUUACAUGAGUAAUACAACUGACGUGGAGCUUGCUGGACUUGACUGUGACAAGACUAUCACGGUAGAAUUUAAGCAUGAUGACAAGUUGAGUGAAGACACCGGUGCUUUUAUACAGUGCGCUUUGUUAUACACUAGUUGCAGUGGACAGAGACGUCUCCGAAUCCACAAUCUCUCACUGAACUGUUGUACACAGCUAGCUGACCUUUACAGGAACUGUGAAACAGACACCCUGAUAAACUUCUUAGCCAAGUUCGCAUUUCGUGGUGUUUUGAAUAAUGCAACAAAGACUGUCCGGGACACACUGAUUAGCCAGUGUGCCCAGAUCCUAGCCUGCUACAGAAAGAAUUGUGCCAGCCCAUCUUCAGCUGGCCAGCUUAUUCUUCCUGAGUGCAUGAAAUUGUUGCCAGUGUACCUGAACUGCUUGUUGAAGAGUGAUGUAUUACAGCCAGGAGCUGACACCACAACUGACGAUCGGGCUUACCUUCGUCAACUUGUUACCUCUAUGGAUGUGGCAGAAACAAAUGUCUUCUUUUACCCACGGCUUGUUCCAGUGCAUAAGAUGGAUGUAGACAGUGACACUGUACCCGGAGCUAUCCGGGAUUCAGAAGAGCGCCUUUCGAAAGGUGGGAUGUAUUUGCUCGAGAAUGGACUGAACUUAUUCUUAUGGAUUGGUGUAAAUGUUCAACAGAGCCUUCUCCAAAGCAUUUUUAAUUUGCCAUCCUUCAACCAGAUAGACCCUAACAUGAGCGCUCUACCACUCCUUGAUAAUCCAUGGUCCAAGAAACUCAGAGAUGUCAUUGAUGCUUUUAGAGCCCAGAGGCCGCGCUAUAUGAAGCUUUUAAUCAUAAAACAAGAGGACAAGUUGGAGCUACUUUUCAAACACUUUCUGGUGGAAGAUAAGCAUGUAAAUGGAGGUGCUUCCUAUGUUGACUUCUUAUGCCACAUGCACAAGGAAAUAAGGCAGUUGCUGAGCUAAGGAAUGGUCAUCCUGUGGGUUUGAUGUACAUUCGUCCCCUUUUUGUGGAGUUCCCAUAACUGUAAGGGCAGGGAAGAAACAAGACUGCAUUGUUUCCUUCAGUUUUAAUACAAAGACUUCAUAAAGUUUAAGUCCUGAAAGCCCCUUUUCUCUGGAGAACAGCGCUAGGAUGUCUGUGAUGGAAAAAAAAUGAUGUGUUGUUUCAGGCCAAGUGUCCAUCGUAAAACUGCUGCCUGGUCCUACUUGGGGCCAACUUCUCUGAACUGUUUAUUAUUAUAAAAUAACUCUCUUCUUUACUGCAUAUAUGUGACAUUUGUGAUUGUUAUCACAGCAGCACACUGGAAUAGCUGUUUGUUUGAGUGAUUGGGCACCUCUGUGAAUGGGUGGAUGUUGUGUGUCUGCAUUUGUCCAUGUUGUUGCACACACAUAUUCAUAUCUAAACAUAUAUAUAUAUGUGUGUUUAGAUAUACAUACACACCUAUAUCUAUACAACUGUAUGUGUAUAUGUGUGUGUGAAUGUAUGUAUGUAUGUGACUGAUGAAUUGCAUGCGUGAAAGAAGGAUGUAUGCUGAAAUAGUGCAUUGCCUUUCUGGUUCACAGACCGGAGGGGAAGGUGGUUCUGUGCACGUAACAUUAAUUUAAAAAAUAACAAGCUUAAACCCUGUUUGUAUUGUUGUAUAGGGAUUUGAUUGCCUUUGUUUCAGCACUGUAAUAACAAAGGGGAAGUACACCUUUUCCCUUUGUUUCUGCUUGCCUGGACGUCAGGCAUGUACACUCAAGCUGAGGUCUGAAAUCAUUACAUAUGUACAAAGCUAAAAGACAGGAGCUGCAUUUUAACAAAUUUGCUGUUGCAAGCUUUUUGGAUUUAGGUGGAAUCUUGCUACCAACAGUGACCACCACCAUUUACCUCUACUUUUCUUAUAAGCAUUUUAUAAGAAUAAUCAUGCUAAUUCCUCCCUAAACUGAGUUCUGUCUCUGCAGAGCAGUCUGUGUGUUACAGGGCAGUAUUUAUUAUUGAAUUUUGCAGUUAUGUAUUUUGACAAUUAGAGCAGUAUGCUGACAACAAAUACUGAGUUUAAAAAAAGAAAGUAAAAAAAAAAGUUGUGCUCCUCACAGGUACAGAAGGCCUGGAUUUACUGGGUUGUCAGUCUAUGUGCAGGCACAUAGAUAUGAUAAAAAGUACUUUGCAUAUUUUAUGGGAAAUACCAGUGAAUUUGUACUUGGAAGUGGAAAUAUUAGGGUUUGUUGGUGCUGAAAUUGGAAAGGCAGUAGCAUUUCAGGCUCUCAUCCCAUGAAGUUCACUGAACUAAUUCCAUUGGAGUACAGUAUGGACAUGUACUUGAAUUUUUCUGUUUUCAGAAGUCAGAGCACCUUUCCCAAGAAGAAGACACCAGUUAUGGUUUUGGCCUUUUAAGUAAAAUAAAUGUUUUACUAAUUACUGACCGUCGGUAUGUAAUAAUCUAGCAUUGCCCAUAAACACUACAGUACUGUAAGCAGUUAUUUUUCUCCAAGAAAAUGUCAUAGUUUUUGAUUCCAGUUAUCUUUGACUUCACUCCGAAGAAUCCUUAUGUGUACACAGUUCCACUGGCUUUACGUUUGUGUCACAACAGAAUUUCAGAGUUUUGUUGGAUAAUUUGUUUUAGGGGUCAUUUCUUUUUAUUGGAUCAUGAGGUAAAGAAAACAAAAAUACAAGUCACACCAAUUAUUUGGCAGGUAAAAUGAAUUCUGUAAACUUUGUCACUUUACAAAAUACUGUUCAACAUUUUUUUCUUUCAGUUUUGUGAUUUCUUUUGUGUAUCUUUUAAUUUGUAAAGAAAUAAAAUAUAUAAAUUAAAA